AUGAAAUUCUUAUCGAUCCUCCCUGUUUUUUUGGUAUUCGUUAUUGCUAUUGCUAAUACGGCCUCUGCAGCUAAGGUUGGAGACAAAGUCCAACCAUUGGGUGUGAGGUUCAAAGAUCUAUACGCGUCGCAAAUUGCUAAUGUGACUUCAACCUAUAACCAUUUUAAUAGCCAAUCUAAAGCUUUUGAUACGAAAAUAGCAGCUGCCGCUAAACAAGAUGGUACAGACGCAGCUGUCACAAAAGCGCUAUUGGAAUGGAAUGAAAAAUAUAGGAGCGAAGUAGCUAAAUUGCAUACUUCCACCAAAAAGUUGUCAAAAUCAAUCAAGAAGCUUGGUGUUUUAUUGAAGAAGUAA